AUGUCUGAAUUAGAAGCUGUUGCAAAACGAGCAAGCAGCACUGCAAAUUACGGUGCAAGGGAUAAUGGACGUGGGCAACAGGAACCUACUAGUAGCAGCAACAGAAGAGGUAUGGUUGGACAUUAUGGUCGUGGUAGAGGUAGAAUUCAAGAGUCAGAUCAGAGAUAUGACCGGAAUCGUCAUAAUUUUUAUAAUACGAGCAGCGGACGAGAUAGACAUGAUGCAAACUCCAGAAGGCAUAUGAUUCGCAGUCCAAAAUAUUAUGAACAUAUUACUGCUACUUUAAAUCGGUUGGAUCACGGUGGUAUUAAAUUCAGGGGCGAGACUUCAGAAUGUGAUAUAUGUUGUCGUGAAUCUGAUAUAUUUGCUGUUGGGUCGUGUUUACAUCCUAUAUGCAUAGAAUGCGGAAUUCGACUACGAAUUUUGUGUAAAAAUGAGACGUGUCCAAAAUGCAGAACUGUUAUCGAUAUAUUAUAUUUUGUGCCGUUUCCGGGUGAUUGGAAUGGUUACCAAAUACCAUUUCAAUGUAUAGAACAUGGGGAUACUGCAAAGUACAAAAUUAAAUUGGCAGAUGAUUAUGUUGCAAGAUGUUACGACAGCUAUUUAUCCCACCAAUGCAUAAUAUGUAGAAAAAGGGGUGAAAAAAGGGUAUUUGAAACGUUUGCUCAGUUGAAUCAGCAUGUGUAUAUGGUUCAUCGUUUUGAAUUUUGUGAUAUUUGUGUGGAAAAUUUAAACUUAUUUACUCAUGAGCGGAAAUUUUAUUCUCAAGUUGAUCUGAAACGACAUUUGGAACUUGGUGAUUCUGAUGACAAGAGCUUUAAAGGUCAUCCACAAUGUCUGUUCUGUAAAAAACGUUUCUUGGAUGAAGAGUUUCGCUAUAAACAUCUUCGUAAAGAGCAUUUCUUUUGCCAGAUUUGUGAUGCUGAAGGACGAAGCAAUUAUUUUUUUCCGCAACAUAAGGAUUUAUUGAGUCAUUACAAAGCGAAACAUGUUGUAUGCGAGGAGGGUGAAUGCUUACAUUUAGGAAUAGUAUUUCGAACAGAUACCGAACUAAAAAUACAUAAGAGUCGAGAUCAUGCUGCUGGUCCGCAAACACUAACUUUAGAUUUUCAUUUCUCUGACCGAAACACAACUGGACCAAGUCGAGGUGGUAGAGCAGUAGCAGGUUAUAUACCACAUGAACGACAUUUACGAGAGAAUAAGUCAAUUUCCAACAAUAUACCGAAUGCAUCUUCAUUAGAAAAUGAAGAAUUAGUUAGGUCAUCUAUUCCAAAUUGCGUUCCACAAUUCACAUUACAAGGUAGCGAUUUUCCUCGUUUAGAAAAAUCUGUACGAAUUUCCGGUGUUUCGAAUCCAGUGCCUUCAUCGAAUCCGAUGAAUAGUAAGAAUACUGCAAAAGUUCAGACAGUAAACACCAUCGCAAUUAGUACCAAAGCUACAUCAAAUCCUCGCAAACCAAACGCUGCUUCUUCAAGGUCGUGGUUUAUUGAUGAUGAUGAACAGUUCCCUUCUCACCGGUCACAUCUAAGUACUUUAAAUAAACAGCAAACGGAAAACGCAGAAACAGAAAAUUUCGUGAAAAAUAAAGUUAAGGUUGAAACUAGUUCAGGGACAUCGGCGAUCGAGUUAGCAUGGUCUAAAGCAAUGAAAAAACCAAUGUCUUUAAGCAACGUAGCAUCCGAAUUAGCAUUAAGUGAUUUUCCAAGUUUACCGACACCCGCAGUAAAAAAACCUAUGAACAAUUUAUUGCCUGGAUCAGUAUGGAAUAAAAAGUGUCACUCUGUCAUGCAGACAUCUUCCGGACAACCGAAAAUAUCUUCAUCUGUCACUAGUAGCGUUUCACGAAAAAAUAAGCAACAACCAUUGCUAGAUCUUUGGCGUCAAGAAUCUGUACCGGAAAAAUGGGAGGAUCGGGAAGAUUCAUCUACAUUGGGAUCACUAUCGAAAAUGACUUUGGAAGAUAUGGUUAUUGUCAAGGAUGCACCAAGCAAGAAAAAAGAGUGUAAAAAGACUACGAACAAACAGCAACGCAAUGUUGUUAAGAAACUGGAUGAUCAAUUAGGUGCGAAAAGAAAGAUGGAGGAGGAGAUAAAUGAUGACUUCGUUGAUCCUUUCCCAUCUCUAUCUUCUCGAACUAAUCAGAAAAGUGAGACUGAAGAGUUACGUUCAUCAUCAACCUUCUCAGUUUCGAAUAACAUGACAACAAAAGAAGAUAAAAGUGAGCCUAUGGAGACAACUGCUACAAAUGCAUUAUCGUUUAAGGAUUUUACGAAUCUUCUUGAAAGAUCAGGAGAAAAAGGAGAAAAAGUCCUUGAGAAACAAUCAGAAAAUAAUAGGAACUAUUUUCCAACUGGUUUUGUUUCACCUCCCGGAUUAUGCUCACUGACUUUAGCGCCUCCUCCUGGUUUUGGUCCACCACCAGGUUUUGGUAAAAUAAUAUGUCCAGAAAUGCAAACUUCAUCGAGCGAUGCGGUGAAAUCUUCUGCUAAAAAUGUAGACGUGAACGUUUCAAAGAUAGUAGGACAUGGUAAUAAAAAGAAAGGCAAGAAAUAA